UUUAGAUGAUUCACCUUGAAGAACUACAUACAAAUCAAAUCAUCUAGCAGCUCUUUAACAUGUACUCAAACAAAAACGAAGGACCACGUCGAGGAAGAUCCUUUGACUCCAUGAACAUUGGCUUUGAAGAAAAACUGCUGAACAAUGAGAUAAACAAAUCAACCUUCACAAAAAUUGAAGAAAACACUGAAAAGAAGAAUACAUCAGAGAAAGGGAGAGCAACGAUUAUCUUUUCCCUCAAGAAUGAAGUGGGAGGACUAGUUAAGGCACUUAAACUCUUCCAGGAAAACCAUGUCAAUCUUGUUCACAUAGAGUCCAGAAAAUCAAAACGACGCAACUCUGAGUUUGAAAUCUUUGUGGACUGCGACAGCAACCACGAACAACUGAAUGAAAUAAUCCAGCUGCUUAGAAAGCAUGUGAACGUGGUGGGUAUGGAGCCUCCAGAUAACUCUUGUCUAGAUGAGGAAGAUAUGUAUGAUGUACCUUGGUUCCCAAAGAAGAUUUCAGACUUGGACAAGUGUGCUAACCGAGUCCUGAUGUAUGGCUCUGAGUUGGAUGCUGAUCAUCCGGGUUUCAAGGACAAUGUCUAUCGUAAAAGGCGAAAGUACUUUGCUGAUCUCGCCAUGGCCUACAAACAUGGGGAUAUCAUUCCUCGUAUUGAGUUCACAGAGGAGGAAGUGAAGACUUGGGGAGUUGUGUACAGAGAGCUCAACAAGUUGUACCCCACCCACGCCUGCCGGGAAUACUUGAAGAACCUUCCGCUGCUGUCCAAAUACUGUGAAUUUCGGGAGGACAACAUCCCUCAGCUGGAAGAUGUGUCCCGCUUCCUGAGGGAACGCACUGGAUUCACCAUCAGGCCAGUGGCUGGUUAUCUGUCCCCUCGGGACUUCCUCGCUGGUUUGGCCUUCCGGGUUUUCCAUUGUACCCAGUAUGUGCGGCACAGCUCCGACCCCUUAUACACCCCCGAGCCGGACACGUGCCAUGAGUUGCUGGGCCACGUCCCGCUGCUAGCAGAGCCCAGCUUCGCACAGUUUUCUCAGGAGAUCGGUCUCGCUUCGCUCGGGGCCUCAGACGACUCGGUUCAGAAACUUGCCACAUGCUAUUUCUUUACGGUGGAGUUUGGCCUAUGCAAGCAAGAAGGGCAGCUGCGAGCAUAUGGAGCAGGACUGCUGUCAUCCAUCAGUGAGCUGAAGCAUGCACUAUCUGGCAAUGCAAGGAUAAUGCCCUUUGACCCCAAAGUUACAUCCAAACAAGAAUGCAUCAUCACAACAUUUCAGGAUGUCUACUUUGUGUCAGACAGCUUUGAGGAGGCCAAAGUCAAGAUGAGGGAGUUUGCCAAGACCAUCAAGCGUCCCUUCACAGUCCGAUACAACCCUUACACCCAGAGUGUGGAUGUGCUUAAAGACACUCCCAGCAUCAACAGCGUGGUGGAGGAGCUUCGGCACGAGCUCGACAUUGUCGGUGACGCCCUCAGCCGCCUAAACAAGCAGCUGGGCAUCUGACUGCCCACAUUCCAGUUGAAGUUAUCCACCUGCAGUCCAUCAACGCUCAAUGUGUCCCCCCCAACCACCGCUGUAGAGAUACUGCUUGUGUAUCGCCCUUCGUCAGUACAAUGAAUGUGCACUUCUUUUGUUCAAAAGCUAUA